UCUCAUGGCUCGAGGCGAUGAAAAAGAACUAACUAUAUCGAGAGAUACGCGAUAUUUUCUGAAUUUCUAGUUUGUUUUACGGACUCGGCGAGAGAGAACGUCAUUUCCAUUCGAUUAUUAGCGGUUUUACCAAAGUUGUUUAACCGGAUCGUAACAUUUAUUUGUAAAGAGAAUAUAUACGUAUCUCCUUGGUUAGUUUUCAGUUUGUUUAAUACGAUGGCAGCACUGGAACGUGCCAGCGAUCUUCACCCAAGGUUAUAAAAAAUUUUCGAUUUCACCGACCCAUAGUUCCUAAAAUUAAAGUAUGACAAGGAUACAACGACAUCAUUGUAGAUAACAUUUUUGAACAGAACGAAAAUAAGCUUACAAUAACAAAAUGUUGAAGUUUGGAUAUGUUUGGUUUUUAUUUUUGUGUGCAAGUGAAUUGGAAAUCGUACUGACUCAAAAUGUGACUAAUGAAGAUGUUCACGAAAGAUUCGUUACACCGUGUACCACUCCGAACGGCCGAACAGGAUUAUGCAUUGAAAUUCAAAAAUGCAAAAUUUUCAUGAAAGUCAUCGAAGAGCGCAAACAAGAUUCAUUUUCCUUCAUAAAAGCAUCCAAGUGUGGGCCAUCAAAUGAAGAUCCAUUGAAACCUAGGGUUUGUUGUGGAGAUGAUAUCCAUUUUGUUAACCAAGAUGCAAACGCAGUACAAUCAAACAGCCAGGAAUACAUCCCAGCUAAAGAUAUAACAACCCCAUUACCCCUUCACUUAAGAGAUCCCCUCCCAACUAUGUGCGGAACUCAGAGGGUGGUUAUUAAUAAUAGGAUUGUUGGUGGGCAAGAAGCUAGCAUUGGGGAGUUUCCUUGGAUGGCCAGAAUCAUUCAUAGAAACUCUUAUAAUUACACCUCUUUGGGAUGUUCCGCGUUUGUCAUUCACCGAAAAUUUGCUUUAACAGCGGCUCAUUGUGUCAAGGGACUUGGUGUUCAAGCUCUUGGUGGAAUUGUCGGAGUUAUUUUAGGUUCUCAUAACUCAACGCGCGAAGGAACUUGCGUUAAAUCAGAACUCGAAGUGAUAUGUUCCCCAACUCCGAAAUAUAUUGAAUCUUUAACACCGAUAGUUCAUUUAGAUUAUGAGCUUAAAGAACAUACUAAUGAUAUCGCUUUAAUUCCUUUUAAAGAAAAAAUAGUGUUUACUGAUUUUAUCAAGGCUAUUUGUUUGCCGAAGUUUGAAUCAAACGUCCCUGAUUUUACGAUUUCUGGAUGGGGGAAAACUGAGUCAGAUACUGGGAGUCCUGUUAAAUUAAAAGUAACUCUUCCUCGAGUUGAUCGGGGUUAUUGUGAUAAAAGAUAUAGAACGAUUGGGAGAAGUAUUUUGGAGAAUCAACUUUGUGCUGGCGGUGUUAGUGGACAAGAUUCUUGUGCUGGGGAUAGUGGGGGGCCUUUAAUGGCUUUUAAUGUGCAGGAUCAAAAAUGGUACUCUGAAGGAAUUGUUAGUUAUGGGUUAGGAUGUGGAAGAGAAGAAUGGCCGGGAGUUUACACCAACAUCCCUAAAUAUUAUAAUUGGAUCGUUGACACCAUCAGAAGGAAUAAACCCGAAGUUCUUAAGCGACUCAUAAUAAUAUCACGACUCACGUUCAUAAGCAGUCGACCCAGUCGACGUUCGACCUUCGUAGCGACGAUCAUGGUGCCACUUUUCGUUUCAUUUCUUUUCAUUCUUUGUAUCUCCAUAAUUGGGGCACAACAAAGAUGUACAACUCCAAAUGGAGAAGUAGCACGUUGUGUACCAAUACAUAGUUGUUCCAUUUUUUUGAAAGCUUUAGACUCUGCCGAUGCUACAAGUCGAGCUUUUUUAAAGGCUUCAGUUUGUCCGGGAAUAUCGCCUUUAGCGGUAUGUUGUGGGAGUUAUACAACUUAUCAAAGUUUAGAUGAUUCAUCUUCUCUUCCUGAUAGAAAUUCAUGUGGGAUUCAGGAAGACACAGAUAAAGUUUUUGGUGGGACAAACGCAGGCAUCGUUGAAUACCCAUGGUUAGCAACACUCCAAUACAAAAAUCAAUUAGGACAUUUAUCGUUUAAAUGUGGAGGAGCCCUCAUCAGCAAUAAAUAUGUAUUAACAGCAGCUCAUUGUGUUACAAACCCAAAACUUACUCUUCACCGUGUAAGAUUAGGAGAAUGGAAUUUAGACUCGCCAGAAGACUGUUUUGGCACCGCACCUUUUAAACAAUGCAUUUCAAAACCAAUAGACGCCGAAGUUGAAGAUAUCAUAACACACGAGAAAUACUCUAAAUCCACGGGAGGUGUUUUCUUCGAUAUUGCAUUAUUAAGACUUAAAACUCCAGUUUCUUACUCGAUAUCAAUCAGACCCAUUUGUCUCCCAAAACCGGAUGAAAAAAGUUCUGCUGGGGAAUUAGUUUACGUCGCCGGAUGGGGUAACACUGAAUAUUCAAGUUAUUCGCCUAUUAAACAAAAACUUGGACUUCCAAUUAUGGAUCCAAAUAAAUGCCAAGAUUUGUUUGGGCGAAGUGGGGUUACGGUUAAUAAUGACCACAUUUGCGCGGGGGGUGAAAACUUGAAAGAUUCUUGUAAAGGUGAUAGUGGUGGGCCGUUAAUGGCAAGGAUUCGAGAAAACCCGAAUCAAUUUUAUUUAGAAGGAAUCGUUUCUUAUGGUGUUAGAAUGUGUGGAUCUCCAGGGAUACCAGGAAUUUACACAAGAGUUAAUAAAUACUUGGAGUGGAUCAAUUCCAAAAUAACUCCCUAAA